AUCACAUAGUUCGUAACGAACCUCAGUGACCCACACUAAGCAUCAUGAAAGCCUUCGUAGCGUGCAUAGCCCUUGCUUUGGUCUGCGUUAGCGCAGAGCCCCCGUCUGGAUACAACUACAACCGCCCCUCCGGAGGGAGCUCUGGUGGCUUCAGCGGUGGCCUGAGUGGCGGCGGUGGUGGCUAUCGUGCCGUCUCUUCUGGCUACCAGACCUCCGAGGGCCAAAACGUCGAUGCCCAACUCCUCGAACAGAUCCGCCAGAUCCUCCUUAAAGAAGAAGCCUCCUCCUCCUCCUCCUCAUUCUCCGGCUCCGGCUAUCCCAGCGCUCCUUCAUCGUCCUACGGUGCUCCAUCAUCCUCGUACGGCGUUCCCUCAAGCAGUUACGGCGUUCCCAACGGCGGUGGCCGUGUUGUAGGCAUCAACCUUGAAGGUGUCCGUCAAGCUAUCCAAGUCGCGCAGUACGAGCAGACCGGUAUCGGUGGAGGAUACCCGUCUGGUCCCUCCACAUCCUACGGUACCCCAUCCAGCAGCUACGGCGCCCCCUACUAAGUCCAGUACGAUGAUCCGAACGUUCGCUCGUUCGUUAUUCGGGUGAGCUCGUAACACCUCCGACCGCCCGAAUGUUUAUACCAAUGGGCCGAUGGCCACGUACAAUGUAGGUGGCGACGCCCGGGCCCCGCCAUCCCGGCCAACGCCUGCGACUGUGCACGCUCACGGGUUACCCAGCUGUCAGCCAGUCGUUACUGUCACCUGACAGCUAUCAAAAUUGACAAAUUGUUUUUUUCAAUUUUGGCAGCUCGUACAGCGACGUAAUACGAAGUGGCUCACAGCUGGGAACGACUCUUGUUCUGUAAAAAGUUUAUCGAUAAGUUUAGUUUAAUUUAUAUUUUAAGAUUUUGUUUUUUUUUACAAAAAAAAAAUAAAUACAUUUCGACACCGUAA